AUGCCUCCAAAAAGGAAAAACGAUGCUAUAAUUCAGGCUGAAGAUGUUGGGAUGGAGGUGGAUGCUACGUUGGACAGUGGGAGUGAAGAUGAGGCCAGAAGGAGAAGCAAAAACAGAAGAGCCAAAGCACAGCGUAAAACCAAACAGGUCAGUGAUGAUGAGGAUGAUGAAGAAGAUGAAGAUGAGGCACCGAGGAAAAGGGGACGAAGGAAGAGGACCAAGCCCCAAGACAGUGACCAAGACGAUGAGGAAGACAAACGAAGGGUGAGACAGAAAGGAGCCAAAGCUCCCAGGAGGAAAGCUGCAAAUGAGGAGCGUGAUGAGGAGAGCGAAGAAGAUCAGGGUAAAAGGAAGAAAGGAGGAAGAGCGCCUUCCAAACAGGAGAAAGAGGAUCAGAAUAAGGAGAAGAAGGGAAAUGUUAAAGGCAAAGACGAGACAAAUAAAGGCAGUGAGAAGGACAAGAAAAAGAAGAAUGGAAAGCAGAGCAGCUCUCCAGCUUCUUCCUCUGAAGACGAGUCUGAAGACGAGUCUGAUGAAGAGUCGAUGUCAGAGGGAGAGAUCGCUGCCCUGAAAGAACAAGUAGAAGAAAAGAAGAAGCUGAUAGCUACAUUAAGGAACAAACCUUGGCGGAUGAAGAGGAGGCUCGUACUGCUAAAGGAGGCCCAGGAGUUUGUUGAAAAAUUCGAAGGUGCUCUCGGGAAAGGAAGAGGCAAGAAGUUGUAUGCGUUUAAAGUCAUGAUGACCAAGGUUCUCAUGGGUCUCCCCUAUGGCUCCAUUCCCCGGAAAACUGUGCCACGAUCUGAACAGGACACAGCCAUGGACUUCUCAGUGCUCUUUGACUUUGGUGUGAGGAUCCUAGGAUACUGCAAGUACUCUAUUUUGUUUUAUGGCUACUACAACAACGAACGAAACAUUGGCGUGCUGAAGUUCAGACUCCCUCUGUCAUACCUGCUCACUGGUGUUGGAAUAUUUGGAUACAGCCUAAUGGUUGUCAUUAGAACGAUGGCUCGUAAUGCAAAUGAGGGAGGAGAUGGGGGUGAUGAAGGAGAGUUCACCUUCAGCUGGAAGAUGUUCACCAGCUGGGACUACCUCAUAGGAAACCCCGAAACUGCAGAUAAUAAGUACGCCUCCAUAACCACCAGCUUUAAGGAGUCCAUUGUAGAUGAAAAGGAGAACCAGAAGGAUGAAAACAUCCAUCUCCAACGUUUCCUCAGGAUUCUGGCAAAUAUUAUGAUCCUGUGCUGUCUCGGUGGCAGCGGUUAUCUCAUCUACUUUGUGGUGAAACGUUCUCAGGAUUUUGCUAAGAUGGAUCCAGCGUCUCUCACGUGGUUUCAAAAGAACGAGGUGGAGUUUGUGAUGUCUCUAUUGGGACUAGUGUGUCCUCCACUGUUUGAAACCAUUGCAGAGUUGGAAGAUUAUCAUCCCCGUAUUGCCCUUAAGUGGCAGCUGGGGAGAAUUUUCGCCCUCUUCCUGGGAAAUCUUUACACCUUCCUCUUUGCUCUCUUUGAUGAAGUUAAUGACAAGCUGGAAACGGAGCAGGAGCUCAAGAAUGCCACUGAAUGGGCUAUACAUGAGUACAAUGCCAACUACAGCUCCUACUACAACACGACGGAUGUGCCUCCACUGGUCGUGAACCCUGCAGAUGCUGUCAGAGGACCUUGUUGGGAGACUGCAGUGGGAAUAGAAUUUGUGAAACUUAUCGUAUCAGACAUGCAGGUAACCUUUUUGACUAUCUUGAUCGGUGACUUUGCGCGAGCUAUCAUUGUUCGCUUCCUCAACUACUGCUGGUGCUGGGACCUGGAGGCCGGAUUCCCAUCAUAUGCAGAGUUUGACAUCAGUGGGAAUGUGCUGGGGCUUAUCUUCAAUCAAGGAAUGAUAUGGAUGGGAGCAUUUUACGCUCCAGGUCUGGUGGGUCUGAAUGUGCUGCGUCUCCUGACGUCGAUGUACUUCCAGUGCUGGGCAGUGAUGGCCUGUAAUGUUCCUCACGAGCGAGUUUUCAAGGCAUCGAGGUCCAACAACUUCUACAUGGGCCUGCUGCUCCUCGUGCUCUUCCUUAGCUUGCUUCCUGUCGUUUACACGAUAAUGACCCUGCCCCCGUCCUUCGACUGUGGUCCAUUCAGUGGUCAGGACAGGAUGUACGAUGUGGUUAUGGAGACUAUAACACAGGAUUUACCAGCUUUCAUAGGGACCAUUUUUACAUAUGCCACCAAUCCUGGACUCAUCAUGCCUGCCGUCCUCCUCAUGGUGUUGGCCAUCUACUACCUUAACACAGUGUCAAAGGGAUACCAACAGGCAAACCUGGACCUUAAAAAGAAGAUGAAAAUGGCCCGAGACGAGGAGAAGAACCGCAGGAACAACAAGGACAGCACUAAUCAAGUAAUGAAAGACUUGGAGGACCUUCUGCCAAAUAAAUCUCUAAUACCGCCUCCCACUGAGGAAGAGCCGCCUCAUGAUAUUGUAAUUGAGAAGGGAGGCAAGUAUACCAAAAUGAAGCCAGGAUCAGCGGGGAAAGGGGUCAACCUGCAAAAGGAGGUGUCACUGGCUGCCACAAACCCCAGAGGGCCAGUAGCCCAUCCUCCUCGGGCACGGGGAGGGCCUCCUGGACAUCUCAGGGGCCCUCUACCUGGGCCUGGCAGAGGGAGAGGUCGGGGCGCUCCUCCGAGGACAUAA